AUGGAAAGCAUAGUAUCUUCUUCUUCUUCGUAUAUGAUUACUCAGGACGGUGUCCCCCCCCCGGCGAGGACCACCACGUUCAAACAGACAGCUGGGCCCAGGAGUGACGGCACGCCGUACCCUCAGGGGAGCACAGAGGUAGAGGCGGACGGCAGGCCGGAGUCUUCAUCUUCUGGGUCCCCUUCGUCUGCUUCCUCCUCCGCGUCGGUUUGUUCAGAUACGCUCAACGAGUGGCACCAGUGUGUGCCAGUCCAGUGGAAGAACGACCCUGAACGGCCCCCCCUGGGUCCCACAACACGUAGGGUGCUCAGAAGGUUCAGCGAACCAACGUACCAUAUCGCCAUGACUGGUGCGGCGGGUGAGGUGGAUGGCGGGGCGGAACAUUGUAGGAUGAUACCCUGUUUUUGUAACAGGCAUCACCACAGGAGAAACUCAACUGCUAUUAGGUUCACUCACGAUAGGGAGUGA